AUGCCUACCACUGCCGGUCAGCGAACCACCUCCCGCAAGAAGAGCGUUGGCGACGCAUCGCUGAAGAAGUUUGCGUGCCAGUACGAUUCCUGUGGCAGGAGCUUCACCAGAUCCGAGCACCUCCAGAGGCACCUGCUCAACCACACGGCCGGCCAGAGCACGUGCGAGCGGUGCAGGGCGCACUUUAAGCGGCGGGAUCUGCUGGAACGACACAUGGCCCGCCACCGCCAGAAAGAUGCAGAGGCCGGAGGAGGCGAGGGCUCCGGCACCCUGAACACCAGGAAACGAAUGUGGAAGGACGCGGACGGCAACAUCGUCACCAAGCGCCCCAACCUGGGGCCGUCCACCGUCCACCCUUCCCCGCCAAGCGAGCAGCAACGCUUGUCCCCUGCGACGCCAGAGGAUGCCACCCGGGCCGCACCCGCAGAAGCGCCCAUUUCGCCGCCCAUUUCAAGCACGCUGUCGUCGCAUUCUGACGGCUACGGCCACUCCUCCGAGGACCCGGCCAUCGAUGCCUGGAUCUUUCCUCCUUUGGACCUCAGCAGCCCUGGGCCAGAGCCUGCCGUGAUUCCACCCACUGAGCUGCUGCCGCCCGAUACAGACCAAUUCUGGUCGACGGCCCAUGCAUUGCUUCCAUCAAAUUCUCAGAACACUUGCGAAGACGUGUUUCAAGAUGACAUCUUCAAUCCUGAUACUGCCAGCUCUUUCAACAUGCCAUUCACUACCAUGAGCAACUACAAUUGGCUUUUCGACGCCGACUUGUCGGCGCAGGAGCAGUUCUCGACAUCGCCAGACAUCCUGUCUGGUACGUUUUCAGCAGCAACGCACGUAGACCAAGCUCCUGAGACAAGGUCUUCCACUCAUACUUUCGCAACAGGCGUACCUUCGGAAAAUACGCCAGUUAUCUCUGAACCCAUCAUGACGGCCGACGGGGCUGCCUCCCAGCACCGCGCAGUGGUCGGUGAUAUGAGCAUUGGGGACCCCAAGACGCUUUCGCUACCGCCUUUCCCAUUUGCUAAUGGGUCCCAACCAAUCCCGAAUGACACUGCCGGUCGUUUUUCAAUACCACAGAGCUUCACUGCUCCUAACGACGAAACGAGAACUCCACGAAACCUUCCUACCCCACGCCAGGAGCGCUUGGGCGUCGACUUUGAACGGCCGUUGUCGACGAUGAACCCGUCUGCGAGCCUGCCCGUCAUUGACGGGAUCGCUCGUGCUCAGGUGCUGGAUCUAAUUGAUGUGGCUAGGCCGGUGACGCCGGAUGGGUUUUACAUUUCCCGCAAUCACCCUCUCUUGUCUCUAUCGUGCUUGCAGACCUACUGCGACUGCUACUUCACUCGUUUCAACACUGCUUAUCCCCUCCUCCACCAGCCCACUUUUGAUGCCUCGAGUGUGGAGACACUGUUGCUCGUCUCUGUCUUGUUGAUAGGUGCCACUUAUUGCGAGAAAGAUGCUCAUCAGAUGGCUGUGUGCAUUCACGACGUGCUCAGGCCUCAAAUAUUUGCCCAUGCUGGCUUCACGGCCAAGCCGGACCUUUGGGUUCUGCAGACCAUCCUCCUUGUAGAAUGCUUUGGCAAGAGCCGCGCCGGGCAGAAACAGCACGACAUGAGCCAUCUCUUCCAUGGCCUUCUCAUCAACCUCAUCCGGAGAAGUGACUGCCAGACCAUUCGCCCAUCAACCUCCGAGGACUGCUCCAGCGAUCUCGAGCAAGACUGGAGGGAGUGGGCCGAGGCAGAGCAGAAGAAACGACUUGCCUACCUAUGCUUCAUGUGGGACGUGCAACACGCCGUCCUCUUCAGCCAAUCACUCUGCAUGUCGGCCUUCGAGCUCCGCUCCACCCUGCCCUGCAACCAGCAGCUCUGGGAAGCGCACACGGCAUCGACAUGGCAGCGGAUGCGGGCGCGGCAGCGGCAGAAGCGGCCGCCCCUGUUCCUCACGGCGCUAAAGUCGUACCUGAGCGCGGGGCCGGCGCCGGCGCCGCCCACCAAGCCGCUCAACGCGCUCUCGCGCGUGCUGCUGCUGCACGGCCUCAUGUCCAUCUCGUGGGACAUGCAGCGGCGCGCGCAGACGUCGCUGGGCCUGGCCGCCGGCGACUGGUGGCACGCCCGCAUGGCUGCGUCCUACGACGCCUGGAAGGCCGACUUUGACCGCUACUGCCUCGACUACUGCGCCGCGCACCAGCAGCACCAGUCCCAGCAGCAGCUGCUGCGCGACUUCUCGGCCUUCGCCACCGCCCAUACUGCCCUCUACCAUGCCGCCCACGUCGCGCUGCACGCCGACCUCCUCGACCUCCAGAUCUACGCCGGCGCGCGCCACAUCCUCGGCCGUCCCGUCGCGCGCGCCGACUACGUCCGCUCGCAGCGCGUCGUGCGGCGCAGCAGCAGCAGCAGCAGCAGCGACAUGCGCGCCGCAAAGGCAGCCUGGCACGCCGCGCACAUACUGCGCGACGGCAUCGUCGGGCUCGACGACUUCGACGCCCACGGCCUGUUCCACUACCCCUGGACGCUGUAUCUGGCGACGCUGACGUGCUGGGCGUUUUAUCAUGCGCGGCCUGCGCUGCCUGAUGAUGAUGACGACGACGAGAUGGUCUGGGACGCCAAAGCCGAGAUGCACGCGCUCGUCAGCGGCAUGACUGCGGGCGCGGGGCCGGAGAGUUUGAGUCUGGCGCGCCAGCAGCGGCAGCAGCGCCGCGGCACGAGCGGCUUGACGGCCGUGGUGGCGGGCUGUCUGGGCCGCGUGCGCUGGGCCGUCGUGCAUGAUGGGGUCAUGGUGCUAAAGGGGUUGGUGCCGUGGCGGUUGGCGGUGCAUUCUCACCCUCCACCCGCGUCGUCUGCGCAGCAGCAGUAUCCGCCGCCGCCGCCGCCGCCGCCGCCGCCUGCGCGGCCUUGA